AUGGCUGAGAGGAACAAUUUAUUUCUUGACGACAAAUCGACGGAGUUGUUUAUAUGGAAAAAACAAUUAAAACAAAAAGGCUUGGAACAUAUAUCUGCUGAGCAGCUGGAAACAAUCACAAAGCAAAAUAUCGAAAAAAAUAAGUUAGAGAGAGAAAAAUUAGAACAACAAAGAUUAAAAGGUGAAAAAGAAAAAAAUAUUUUCAAACGUAUUAAAGCCGUUGAACAACAUGAUCAAUUGACAAAAGAAGAAGCAUCGUUUAUUUACAAUCAAUCUCUACUUCGUGCUAAAGUUCGCAUCAAUGAAAAUCGUGCAAAACCAAUCGAUAUACUUAUCUAUCACGUUGAAGAUCACAACGAGAAUCUAGAUAUUGAAUUGUAUGAACCAUUGGCUUACCUAAAAAAAUUAUUAGCACAAGAUCUUGAAGAGCUGUUAACUGAUAUACAUGAUUAUAUUGACAAAGAUAUACAGCAAAGUAUACAUAAUUUUAAUGAACGCUAUUGGCACGAUAUACAAAUAAUUGUAAAGGAUGAAUUAAAAAAACACUUGUCGAAUAACGAAGAUCGAUCUGAUGGUGUUCAUUCAGCUGUUAUGCCUGACAUACUGGAAAUAUUAAAAAAUAAAACAACUCGACAAUUGGAAGAGCUUGAACAAUCGAUCAAUGAACGAAUUGCAGAUGGAAAAAAUAUUGAUAUUUCUUAUUGGGAAUCAUUAUUGUCUCAAUUGAAAAUUAGUUUGGCUCGAUCACGUAUUCAGGAUCGUCAUCAGUUAUUAUUAGAAAAAAAAUUUAAAAAAAUUAACAAUGAACAACUAUCUAUAAGCAAAGAUCAGGAAACAGAAUCCUUCGAAGAUUUAGAAGAUAAAUGUUUACAUUCUUAUGACAAAGCUCAUUAUUCGCCAACAUUAAUGAAUAUAGAUAAAUUUGAUUUCGAAAUUCAAGAACAAUAUAUAGAUGAAAUCGAUGAUACCAAUAUGUUGCAACAACAACGUCAAUCAAUUAUGAAAUCAGGAUCUAUAAAAACUGAUAUGGAAAACAAUUGGCAAGAUUUUAUUUCAAAGUUCGAAUCAGAUAACGACACAACUAUUGGUAUAGUCCCGAUCGAUGUUGAAUAUAUAUGGUCAGAUAAGUAUCAACCAAGAAAACCUCGUUUUUCCAAUAGAGUUCAUACUGGAUAUGAAUGGAAUCAAUAUAAUAGAACACACUAUGAUAAAAAUAGCCCGCCACCGAAAACUGCUCAAGGUUAUAAAUUUAAUAUCUUCUAUCCCAAUUUGAUCGAUAAAACAACGACUCCAUCAUACGAUAUAAUGGCUUGUGAAGAUAAUAAAGAUUUUUUGAUUAUUAAAUUUCAUGCUGGACCACCAUAUGAAGAUAUUGCAUUUAAAAUUGUAAAUAAAGAAUGGAAUCAAUCAAAUAAAAAUGGAUUUCGAUGCCAAUUUCAAAAUAAUAUUUUUCAACUGUGGUUUAACUUUUCCAAAUGGAAAUAUCGGCGUUAA